GCCACAAUGUUCUCCCUCAAGCAGCCCAAACCCACCUUCAAGUCGUACCUUCUGCCUCAGGCUGAUGACAAUACAGUGUCAGAACCAAGGAUUAAAAAACUGGAACCAGUACUUUUACCAGGUGAAAUUGUGGUGAACGAAGUAAAUUUUGUAAGAAAGUGCAUUGCAACAGACACAAGCCAGUAUGACCUGUGGGGCAAGUUGGUUUGCACUAACUUCAAGAUUUCCUUUAUUACGGAUGACCCGAUGCCACUGCAGAAAUUCCAUUAUAAAAACCUCCUCCUUGGUGAACAUGAUGUUCCACUCACAUGCAUUGAGCAGAUUGUCACAGUGAAUGACACCAAGAGAAAACAGAAGGUCCUUGGUCCCAACCAAAAACUUAAAUUUAAUCCAACUGAAUUAAUAAUUUAUUGCAAAGACUUCCGUAUUGUCAGAUUUCGUUUUGAUGAAGCAGGUCCUGAAAGUGCAAAAAAGGUGUGCCUUGCAAUAGCUCAUUAUUCUCAGCCAACGGAUCUUCAGCUUCUCUUUGCAUUUGAGUACGUUGGGGAAAUAUAUCAUAAUCCAGCAAAGAAGGUGAAUGGCAUAGACCCAGGAGGUGGUGGCAUCGGCAAUGCCAGUGGUCAGCAGACUCCUUUGUUUGAAACUUACUCAGAUUGGGAUAGAGAAAUCAAAAGGACAGGUGCAUCUGAGUGGAGAGUGUGCUCAGUCAAUGAAGGUUAUAUGAUCUCCACUUGCCUUCCAGAAUAUUUUGUGGUUCCAUCUUCCUUAGCAGAUCAAGACCUGAAGCUGUACUCCUACUCCUUCAUUGGGAGGCGAAUGCCUUUAUGGUCCUGGAAUCACCCUAACGGGAGUGCCCUUGUGAGAAUGGCCAACAUUAAAGAUGUAUUGCAGCAGCGAAGAAUUGAUCAAAGGAUUUGCAAUGCAAUAACUCGAAGCCAUCCCCUGAGAAGUGAUGUCUACAAAUCUGACCUGGACAAGUGUCUGCCCAACAUCCAGGAAAUCCAGGCUGCACACAUCAAACUCAAACAGCUCUGUGUCAAUGAGCCUUUUGAUGAAACCGAAGAGAAGUGGCUGUCCUCACUGGAAAACACUCGCUGGUUAGAGUACGUUAGAGCCUUUCUUAAGCAUUCUGCUGAGCUUGUCUAUAUGAUGGAGUGUAAGCACGUUUCUGUGGUUCUACAAGAGGAAGAGGGACGGGACCUGAGUUGUCUUGCUGCUUCUCUCAUUCAAGUCAUGCUGGAUCCUUAUUUUCGAACAAUUGUUGGAUUUCAAAGCUUAAUACAGAAGGAAUGGGUCAUGGCAGGAUAUCAGUUUUUAGAUAGGUGUAACCACUUAAAGAGAUCUGACAAAGAGUCUCCUUUGUUCUUGAUGUUCCUUGACUGUGUCUGGCAGCUGCUGGAACAAUACCCAGCAGCCUUCGAGUUCUCUGAAGUGUACCUGACCAUCCUGUACGACAGCGCCCGCAUCUCCUUGUUCGGCACCUUCCUCUUCAACUGCCCUCACCAGCGAGUCAAGGAAAGCACUGAAUUUGCUAUAAGCAAAAACAUUCAGCUGGGUGAUGAGAAAGGCCUCAGGUUCCCGUGUGUUUGGGACUGGUCUCUUCAGUUCUCGAGCCGGGACCGGCUGCUGUUCCACAACCCGCUGUACAUCGGCAAGAGCGCGCCCAGCGUGCACAACGGGGCCCUCUGGACCUUCAAGCGCUCCAAGAAAAACUACAGCUCCACAUUGCGAGGUGUCCCCCCAGGACUAAAAAACGGAAUCAUCAGUGAGCAGGAGUUCCUUCCAAGAAGAAACUCUCUGAUACUAAAACUGAAGCCAGACUUUUUCCAGCCAGCGGAGGGGCAGAGCCACAGUAUGGAGCAGUACUUCAGAGACUGGUUUGCAAAGCCCGUUGAUUUGCACGGCGUCAUUCUGCCCCAUCUCUCUGGAACACAAAUCAAACUGUGGAAACUCUGCUACUUCCGCUGGGUUCCUGAGGCCCAGAUCAACCACGGGGGCUCCAUCACUGCUUUCCACAGAAUUUCUUUGCUGGCAGAUGAGGUGGACAUGUUAAACCGCAGCCUGCGGCAGUACAAGAGCAACUCCUCCUUGCAAGGCCACUGCUCAGAACUGGAUCAAAGCAGGAUGUACUUCAGAGCAAAUGGUUUAAAUGACACCUCAGGUGCCCCAGACUUUCUCUCCUCCUCAUUCCCAUUUUCUCCUGUAGGGAACCUAUGCAGAAGGAGCAUUUUGGGAACACCUUUAAGCAAAUUUUUAAGUGGUGCCAAAAUCUGGCUAUCCACCGAGACGCUUGCAAAUGAAGACUGAGGUGAUGUGGAGGUUUAGAGGUUUGGGGAGAACACAGCAUAUCGUUUUGUCUUUUCUAACUUAACACUGCUAAAUGCGGCAUUGAAAGCUGUAAUAAUUUUUAUAUACAAACAUUAUGUAAGAUUUGCACAAAUAUUUAAAAGCAAGGCAAGUCAUGCUUCAAAUCGCACAAUUUUGUCUUUAGUAGUUCUCAUCUGCUGGGGCUUCUGCUCCCCAAUUCCUCCUGGUUUUGGGGGUUUGGCUCAUUGCAAGUUAUAGAGCAUUUCAUUAGGAAAUUUGAAAGGCUUGGUCUGGUUGUUAGUGAGGGUUCUGCUUGAAAUAUCUUUGUUUUCCCAGAUAGUGACUGAAGUGACCCUUUGCUAAAACAGCUUGGAAAGCCAAAGUAGUGCAGUGAAGAUGAACUGACAGCUGAAGUCUGGGAAUACACUAUUUUAUCAGACUGUCUCAUCAGGAGUAAUACUUACUUGCAUCGAUACAAACAUACUCAUGUUCCAUGAUUGAUCACCCUACAUUGUGCUAAUGCAGUGUAUCCAUGGAAGGGGUUGCUCCCUUUUCUUCUCUCCCCAAAAUGCAUUCAUUAACAAUUAGUCAGAUUUGUGCUCUUUGUCAUGAGCUUGACUUCAGACUAUAGAAAUCCACAUCAGGACAAUGCACUGUUAACCUUAAAACAUUUACUGUAGAUUUGGUAUUUUGUAGUAGCUUUAGAAGUGCCUUUAAUUGGGAGGAAACAGUAGCAGGAUUACUCUAAUGCAGCUGACACCCCCCAACUUUUUAAAACAGAU